GUUGGCUUUCGCCUCGACGCGUCCACUCGCGUAUCGUCUCUCCGCGAGCCCGCAAACACACAUCGUAACAUUCGGCGCAAUGGUCAACUACGGCGGAGACGAGGUCUCGGCUUUGGUCGUAGACAUAGGGACGUCAUCCCUGCGUGCCGGAUACGCGGGAGAUGACACGCCCAAAGCCAUUAUCCCCACUUCGUAUGGGUACAUUGAGCUUCCGCAAGAUCAGCAACUGGGUGCUGAGGGAAGCGGGGACGGGGACGUGACCAUGGCGGAGGGGGACGUCGCGACGAAUGGCGACGCUGCACCCAAACUCGAGAAACCAAACCAGAAGGCCAAAUUGUACAUUGGACAAAACGGCCCGUCCAUGUGGAGAGAAAAGAUGGAAUUAUCCAACCCUGUGCAGAAUGGGAUGAUUUCGAAUUUUGACCCUAUAUCUUCACUCAUUGAUCACGCACUCAGAGAUGUUAUGCACUGUGAACCUUCAGAGCAUCCUGUGCUUGUGACCGAGCCCGCUUGGAAUACCCCUGCCAACAGGGAACGUAUGGCGGAGAUCAUGUUUGAGGAAUUCAACGUCCCCGCCUUCUAUAUCUCAAACACCAGUGUGCUCAAUGCCUUUGCAGCAGGCAAGGGCUCAGCGUAUGUCAUUGACAUCGGCAGUUCUACUGCCAGCGUUACACCUGUCAUCGACGGCUUCGUAUUGCGAAGAGGUCUCGCACACUCCGCGCUUCCCCAACUUGUGCAAGCGCAUGCGCGACACCUACUCACGACUCCGAGCAGCAGGCGUCCCGGCAUUGACCUCUGGCCCCACCAACUGAUUGCCGGCAGGCAGCCCGUAGACCCUGGCUCGACUCCGAAAUUCGAGCUGCGACAAGAUCGAAUAGCGGGCACCACAGCCACGUGGAAAGCUUGGGCGGAAGCACGCGAAGUAGAAGAAUGGGUUCAAAGUGUUUCUGGUGUACUGGACCAGGGCUGGAACGAACAAGCGGCGGGUCUGCGUGGGGCACGGCACUACGAGUUCCCGACGGGCUACAAUAAUUACUUCAGUGCUGCAGAACGUUACUCGGUGGGAGAACAGUUCUUCACGCAUUCGCCACAACUGGUUUCGUCCAACCCCAAUCUCCCAAAAACCAUCCCGGCUCUUAUCAGCGGCUCUCUCAGCGCAUGCGACCCUGAGAUCAGACAGGUCCUCAUGGGCAACGUGGUCCUCACCGGUGGCGGGAGUCUCUUCGCUGGUUUCGUUGAUCGUCUCCAGAAUGAGCUGUCUCGAAACUUCCCUCACGCAAAAAUUCAUGCACCUGGUAACCCUACGGAGCGCCGCUUCGGUGCAUGGCUAGGUGGGAGCAUCCUAGCGAGUUUGGGCACCUUCCAUCAGUUAUGGAUCAGCAAGGAGGAGUGGCAAGAGCAUGGAAAGACCAUUGUUGGCCAACGGUGCAAGUAGGAACGGUCAUGUAUAGGCGAAAGCUGUGUUCCAGGCGGUUUCGAUGGACAGAUGUAAUUUCAUACACCGUGCGUUGUUGUUGUAUCACCACAAUCAAUGCGGAAUAUGUUCAUCUCCAGGGAGAUACAUGGUCUGACUGUUCCGGCUGCGUCUCAGCUCACUUCGCCAACUUGCUAGAGUCCCGCGGAAAAGGCAACUGUAUUGCAUAGGGGUAUUGUACAGAAACAGGCGCAACGUGAAUUCUCCC